GAGUGAUUUUGUUUGAGUUUUAGAAUUUAAGGCUAAAGCAUUGUUAGACUGUGCGCAUAAUGAGAGGUGCUAAGGCAAGCGUGUCGAGCGAAAAGCAAAUAGUCCAUUAACUCAAGUUAUGUGUGCCUAAAGCUGUUCUACAGAAACAAGGCGAUACUUCACACUCGAUAAAGCCAUAGAGUCGGGUAGACCUCGGCUUCACAUUCUGCAGAAUGGUUAUGGAAUGGGUUACAUGAUGAAAGGGACUAGAAGAGUUUUGCUGCUCUUGGCUUGUCUGGUGUCGUUCGUAUGUCAAGACGUACAAGGUGCUCCGCCUGUUUUUGGUUCGGCAGCAUACAGCGGUACAGUGAAUGAGAAUGUGGCCAUCGAUACAACAGUCAGCGGUUUCACCAUUUCCGCUACGGACUCGGAUGGCCAAGCUAUCACGAUCUCCAUCAUCAGCUCACCGGGACCGUUCAAGCUAAAAUCCGAUGGCACGAAAAUUCUCACCAAUGGAGAAAGUAUAGACUUUGAGACCACUAGUUCCUACACGCUCACGAUACAGGCCUUGGCGGGAGGCGAAACCGACAAUGCGACCGUCACCAUCACCACAGGCAAUAUCAAUGAGGCACCAAGUUUUGCUCUCGCGUCCUACAGCGGUAGGAUCCACGAGAAUAGCGUCAAUGGCACAGACAUCAUCACGGUAACAGCUAGUGAUGUGGACAUCGGGGACACCAUCACCUAUAGCCUCUCAGGAUCAGGCUCCUCAAGCUUUAGCGCCCUAACUACCGGGGUAAUCGAAGUCAGCGGUAGCCUGGACUUUGAGACCACGCCUACGUACACCCUGACGCUAACAGCUACGGAUACAGGCGGCCUGACUGACACUGCGACACUAACGAUAUCCGUGGAUAACGUCAAUGAGAGCCCAGUGUUCACAAGUGCGUCAUACGCUGCUUCUGUGGCCGAGAAUGACGCCGCUGCCAGCGUGGUGACGGUUGCGGCCACAGACCCGGAUGUUGGAAACUCUGUCACGUACAGUCUAACCGGCUCAGGUAGUUCCCACUUCACAGUCCACCCGACCAGCGGUGUCGUAAUACUAACGCAGGCGCUUGACUACGAGACGAAACCCACCUACUCCCUGACCGUAGCCGCGUCCGACGGCCAAGGAGGCCUGGCGACAACCUCUCUAACAAUCACCGUGACAGAUGCCAACGACGCACCCAUCUCCGUCAGUGCCUCGUACAGCGCUAGCAUCGAGGAAGACGCUGCAGUCGGUACUAAUGUUAUACAGACAUCGGCGACGGAUGUCGAUAGCGGGGAUACGAUUUCAUACAGUCUCAGUGGAAGUGCACACUUCUCUAUAACUGGCACGGGCUUGAUUAAAACUGCGGAGUCUUUGGACUACGAGACGACUAGUAGUUACAGUCUAACUGUCUCUUUCUUUGACGGAACCUUGAGUGUCACCAAAGCCGUCUCUAUAUCCGUGACGAAUAAAAAUGACGCGCCGGUUUUGCCAAGCUCGCCAUACACGGCUAGCGUCAGCGAAGGCUCGUUGGUGGGGACAGCGGUCUACGACGUGAACGCCACCGAUGCGGACGGGGAUACUUUGACGUAUUCUUUGUACGGGGCGGGGUCUUCCUCGUUUAGUAUUAGCUCAGCCACGGGCGUGGUCACAACAGCGAAGGCUCUCGACUACGAAGCAGUGACGUCCUAUACUCUGACAAUCAGAGUCACUGAUGGCAAUGGUGGUAUCACUGAAACCUCCCUGACAGUUACAAUUACCAACUCCAACGACUCGCCCCAGUUUCUCUCAACCCCUUACAACACAGCAGUGGAUGAAAAUCUGGGGACUGGAACUAGCGUUAUAUCAGUAUCUGCGAUCGAUCAGGACAGCGGCAAUACCCUCACGUAUAGCCUCUCCGGAACCAACAACGCCCAUUUUUCCAUCUCUUCCGCUUCCGGUCUCGUUACUACGGCCCAGGCCCUCGAUCACGAGGCGGUGAGCUCGUACUCGUUAACAGUCUCUGUCAGCGACGGCACGGUCACGGUUACCACAGCCUUGGUUAUAACAGUAACCAACGGAAACGAUGCGCCCGCGUUCUCAAACGCCCCGUAUAGCGCGUCUGUCGCCGAGAACAACGCCGGAUCAGCGGUAUAUACUGUGAGUGCUACUGACGAAGACUCGGGCGAUACUAUGACGUACUUCAUUUCCGGAACCGGGAGUGGCGAUUUCAGCAUCGAUUCAUCAACUGGGGUGGUGACGCUCGCAAGGGCUUUAAACUACGAAGACACCACGUACUAUUCUUUGAGUAUUCUGGUUUUAGACGGCAAAGGGGAAAGUGACUCGACAAAUUUAAACAUCACCGUAACCGACGCUAACGACGCACCUGUCUUUCUGAGCACUCCGUACGCUGCUCAUAUCUCAGAAGGCGUCGCCAUAGGAACAAACGUUCUUAAAGCCACCGCUACCGACCAAGAUACAAGCGAUACACUCACCUACGCUUUGACAGGAACUAACAGCGCGCACUUCGCUGUCUCUUCGACGGGGAUGAUCAGUACUGCUCAUGUGCUUGACCGAGAGAGCGUGAGCUCGUAUUCGCUGACUUUGUCUGUGAGUGACGGUACAGCAAACGUGACGCAAGGAGUUAGUAUUACUGUAGUGAAUGCUAACGACGUGCCGGUCUUUACUGGGGCGCCGUAUAGUUCGACCGUAGCGGAAGGAGACGCUGCUGCUGCGGUUUACACGGCGAGUGCUACUGAUGGUGAUGGGGAUACCUUGGUGUUUUCGUUGUCAGGAACCGGAAGUACGUCGUUCUCCAUGAACCCCUCCACCGGUGUCAUCACCUUGACAGCGGCCCUCAAUUACGAGACCAGCCCCGCCUAUUCUCUCACUAUCCGGGCAGACGACGGUAAUGGAGGCGUGGCCACCACUACUCUCAACAUAACCGUCACCAAUCAAAACGACUCCCCAAUGUUUUCGGGAACACCUUUCAGCGCCACUUUAACAGAGAAUGAUCCGAUUGGCACCACAGUACUCAAAGUAAUAGCUAUUGACGAGGAUAGUGCGGAUACGUUGUCGUAUAGCUUAUCUGGCUCAAACAGCGCUCACUUUGCCAUCGGUUCCAGUACUGGAGUUAUUACCACAGCACAGUUACUUGACAGAGAGACGGUCAACUCCUACUCCCUGACUGUCUCCGUCUCCGACGGCACAGCGACUGUGAAUCAAGCGCUUUCCGUUACGAUAAACGAUGCUAAUGACGCACCGUUGUUUACCAACGCGCCUUAUAAUGCCACUGUCAAUGAAAACGCCGGAUCCGGAAGUGUCUACACCGUAAGCGCCACCGAUGCCGACAGUGACGUCAUUGCGUACUCCAUAUAUGGUCCCGGAAGUGAUAAAUUUUCCAUUCACUCGUCGAGCGGUUUGGUUACCCUUGCCAGUGCGGUGGAUUUUGAAGCGAAGUCCUCGUAUGUUUUGAAUAUUCAAGCGGCGGACACUAAUGGUGCAAUUGCAACGACGUCAUUGUAUGUUGACGUUGUCAAUCAAAAUGACAGCCCCGCCUUCAUGGGCACGCCCUACAGCACUAGUAUAAUUGAGAGUGUUAGUGUUGGGACCACAGUGUUCAGGGCACAAGCUGUGGACGAGGACACCGCGGACACUCUGUCUUAUUCUCUGAGCGGAACUAACAAUGCGCAUUUUGCGAUUGGGUCUUCCACUGGGAUUAUUACAACAGCGCAGGCACUUGACUACGAAUCAGCAAGUUCCUACUCCCUGACCGUCACGGUGAACGAUGGGACUGUUUCCGUGACAACGCCGCUGACAAUAAGUAUUGCAGACGUCAAUGAUGCCCCGGUAUUUACCAGUGCUCCGUACACGACAAGCGUGAACGAAAACGAGGCUGGAGCAGCGGUGUACACGGUCAGCGGCACAGACCAGGACUCUGGGGACAGUGUAUCCUUCACAAUGUACGGGUCCGGAAGUAGCGACUUUACCCUUCACCCCACCACGGGCGUGGUCACCCUGUCCCGUGCGCUAGACUAUGAGACCACACCCCUCUACACCCUGACCAUCAUCGCGUCGGACACAAACCAGGGGCUGGCCUCCACCACGCUAACUGUCACGGUCACUGACCAAAACGACGAGCCGAAAUUAGUGGGGACACCAUACUAUGCGCAGGUCGACGAGAAUCUCAACAGCGGAGCGACAGUCAUGAAGCUUACAGCUACCGACCAAGACUCUAAUAGUACUUUGAGUUACACCCUGACUGGGUCAAACAAUGGUCACUUUAGCAUCUCUGCCACGGGACUCAUCACCACUACCCAAGAACUGGACUACGAGACGAUCAAUACAUAUUCGCUUAAUGUCUCGGUCACCGACGGUACCACGACGGUAACCGAAGGACUAACGAUCACAGUCCGAAACAAAAACGAUGACCCUAGCUUCACUAGUGCACCAUAUAGCGCCACUGUAACGGACAACAACGCUGGUGCCGCCGUGUACACUGCAAGUGCCACAGAUCCCGACGGGGACUCCCUGAGUUUUUACCUGUCAGGGGUGGGGAGCGCAGACUUUGUCAUCCACGCCUCUACCGGUGUUGUGUCGUUGUCUGCGGCGCUGGAUUAUGAGGUAAAGUCGUCCUAUGUGCUUGGGGUUGAGGUGAGGGAUGGUCAAGGUGGUACGGCGAGCACUACACUCAAUGUGACCGUCUCUGACGCUAAUGACAGCCCCGUGUUUGUUGGUACCCCGUACAGCGCGAUGGUCGCUGAGGAUGUGAACGUUGGCUACACAGUAUUCAGAUCCUCAGCAGUUGACGAAGACGCCAGCGAUACACUGACAUACACUCUCAGCGGUACUAACAGUACACAUUUCACCAUGGCAACUAGCACCGGUAUCAUCACGACCGCGGAGGGACUGGACUACGAAUCCUUGACUUCCUACACACUCACGAUCACCGUGAGUGACGGGACCGCCUCGGUGACUCAGCCAAUCACAAUCACAGUCAUCGACUCAAACGACCUCCCGUUAUUUGUCGACGCGCCCUUCUCCGCUUCCGUCAACGAGAACACGACUACUGUCUCGCUCCUGACCCUGACCGCGACUGAUGAAGACUCUUCCGACAUGCUUACCUUCUCUCUCCUGGGACCCGGAAGCGAGCUUUUCUCGAUUCAUCCCACUUCCGGUGUGGUAUCCGUGACGUCAGCACUCGAUGCGGAAGUUACAUCAUUGUACGUACUGACGGUGCGAGUGUCGGACGGUAAGGGCGGCGUGAACACGAGCUCGUUGAGCGUGACGGUGAUCGAUGUUAAUGAUCGGCCGGCGUUCGUGGGGGCGCCGUACGCAGCGAGUGUUUCCGAGAGGCUGCCGACUGGGACAGGCGUAGUCACUUUGAUUGCGACAGAUCAGGACGGGGACUCGUUGACGUACAGUAUAUCCGGUACAAACCACGGCCAUUUUUCGAUUUCCCCCAGCACCGGGCUCAUCCAAACGGCACAGAUUUUAGACUACGAGUCCGUCAAUUCGUACACCCUUACAGCGAGCGUGACAGACGGAAGCGUGACCGUCACUACUAGCGUGACCAUUUCCGUCACGAACACGAACGAUCCCCCAACGCUAAGCAGUUCGUAUUAUAAUGUCUCAAUCAACGAGAACGAUGCUGCUUUGUCGGUCAUCGAUAUCACCGGAAGUGACAGUGAUGGAGACACGCUGACAUACACUCUAACCGGAACUGGAAGUGGUGACUUCAGCAUGAAUUCCGCUACCGGAUUGAUCACCUUGGCAACGGCGUUGGAUUACGAGUCUAGAUCAGCUUACAGCUUGACGAUAAGGGUCACAGACACUAAAGAGGGCGUGGUUACUGCGUCACUCUUCGUGACGGUUGUGGAUCAAAACGACACGCCUGUUCUCACAGGGAGCCCGUACACUGCAAGAAUUGAAGAAAACUUGAGUUCUGGAGGUGUGGUUGCACACGUGGUUGCUAGUGACCAGGACAGCGCGGACACCAUGAACUACACUCUCUCCGGCACGAACUCUGCGCAUUUCAGCAUCUCUAGCGCUGGGGUGAUCACUAGUGCGCGGGUGCUGGACUAUGAGAGCGUCAGUGCGUACACACUGGGCGUCCAGGUGACUGACGGCACGGCGACUGUCUCCACUACUGUCACCGUGACUGUCGUCGACGCUAAUGACGCUCCAGUGUUCAGUAACAGCACGUUCACUGCGCAAGUCAGCGAGAAUGAUGCGGGGGCCGCAGUCUGUACUGUCUCCGCUACUGAUGCUGAUUCAGGACCAGCCGACACACUCACGUACACACUCUACGGUGCCAGUAGCUCCCAGUUCUCCCUCCAUGCCUCCACUGGCGUGGUUACCCUAUCGAAUGUUCUAGACUACGAGGAGGCCUCCCAACACGUCUUGACGGUACGCGUAUCCGAUGGGAGGGGAGGGACAGUCUCCACUAGUCUCACCAUUAAAGUCCAGAACAAAAACGACCCGCCUGUCUUCAAGGGUACCCCAUAUACUACCUCCAUAGACGAGAAUUUACCUGCCGGAAGUAGCGUUUUCGUCGCCAUAGCAACAGACGAAGACAAUGGAGACACGUUGACGUAUUCUAUAUCCGGGGUCAACAGCUCAGACUUCACAAUGGCUUCCGCCACAGGGAUCCUAACAACAUUGGAAGUCUUAGACUUUGAGCAGCUGAACUCCUAUUCGUUGACUGUGACUGUGACGGACUCAACGUCAUCGGUCUCACAGCCAAUCACGAUUACCGUCAGUGACGUAAACGAUACCCCAGGGUUUCUUGACGCCCCGUAUUCUGUAUCUGUCCAAGAGAAUAGCAUUAACGCAUCGUUAUGCACUGUUAGCGCUAGCGACGAAGACAAUGACACUCUUAGUUAUUCUCUGACUGGGUCUGGAGCCUCGUACUUUACUAUACAUUCAGCCACUGGGUUAGUUACCUUAGCCAAGAGUUUGAACUACGAAGGAAGUUCAAUGUUCUCGCUUACAGUCAUCGUAUCAGACAUACAAGGCGCAAGUAACACUAGCACUUUAACCGUCAAUGUCCUAGACGUCAACGACGAACCGCAGUUUAUAAAUUCUCCAUACAGCGUUUCUAUCCGGGAAAAUCUAGCCACAGGUACUCGGGUGCUCCAGGCAUCCGCUGCGGACGAGGACACAGGGGACACGCUCACAUACUCGCUUUCGGGUAGCAAUCACGCCCACUUUUCGAUAUCCAACACUGGUGUCAUCAGUACAGCCUCGGGGAUUGACUUUGAGGUUGUCAGCUCGUAUUCUCUUUCUGUGGCGGUGUCUGAUGGCACGGUUAGCGUCUCAGAGCCUGUGAUGAUCUCAGUGGAGAAUUUAAACGAUUCCCCAGUAUUCACGGACGCGCCUUAUAAUGCAACCAUGGACGAGAAUACGUCCACUGCAACCAGCAUACUCCAAGUGUCGACCACGGAUCAAGACAGCGACAGUAUCACCUUCUCCUUUGUGGGCGUCACAAGCUCUGACUUCAACAUCCACAGCUCAAGUGGUAUGAUAACGACAGCGGUGAAUAUCAACUACGAGAAGACAGCCGCUUAUACACUCACCAUACAAGCCGAUGAUGGGAACGGCGGGAAAACACUUACAACAGCGUCUAUAACCGUAACUGACCUAAACGAUGAACGACCCACAUUUGCGAGUGCGUCAUAUACGGGUCACGUGGUCGAGAACGCUGCAUCCGGGACAUCCGUUAUUGUCGUCACGGCAACUGAUUUGGAUGUUGCGGAUAGUACGCUGGCUUAUAGUCUCUCGGGCGCAAGCAGCUCGCAUUUCAAUGUGACAAGUGAAGGUCUUAUUAGCACGGCUGCGGCUAUUGAUUACGAAUCGUUGACGAGUUACUCGUUAACCCUGACGGCAAGUGAUGGCGCUGGAAACACUGGAACUACGACGAUUAAUAUCGCCGUCGUGAAUGUAAUCGAUAAUGACCCGGUGUUCGGUAGCGUGUCGUAUAGCGCGAAUGCUUCCGAAGACAGUGUUGCAGGAACGAGCGUGACCCGUAUCACUGCAACGGAUGCUGAUAUAGGUGACGUCAUCACCUACAGCUUAUCAGGCCCAGAGAGCACAAACUUCACAAUCAAUGUGAACACAGGAGUCAUCUCAACCAACUCUGCCUUCGACCGUGAAUCGAAAGACACUUAUACCUUCACUAUUACCGCAACUGACACAGGCUCACGGCCUGACACGGCAAUCGUUACCAUAGCGAUUAGUGACGUAAAUGAUAACAGUCCCGUAUGUAGCCAGGCUAUGUAUACUGCGUCUGUUCUUGAGAGUGUUGCCGUUGGCUCUUCUGUGUUGACUGUUUCCUGCCCAGAUUUGGACAUAGGGGCAAAUGGAGAGGUCUCAUACAGCGUGGUCUCCGGAGACGGUGGAGCAUUUGCUCUCAACUCAAGCACCGGUAUCCUCAGCACAACCUCCCCCUUAAACUACGAGACAACUAUGCGCUACACAUUAAGCAUCCAAGCCAGCGACGGGGGAACACCCGGUAAAGCGAGUACCACUCUAGCGGUCAUCGACGUCCAGGGAGUCAAUGAAUACACGCCCUCUUUCAUACCCAACAAUACCUACGAGCUCUCAUUGGCUGAGGACCUGUCAGUUGGACAUGACGUCAUCCUUGUCACAGCCAGUGACGCAGAUGCAGGCUCCCAAGGCGAGGUUACUUAUUCGAUUACCAGCGGUGACACAUACGGGAACUUUGCUAUUGACAGAGCGCGUGGGUUGAUUGAGUUGCGAUCUAUGUUAGAUUACGAGCUCAUUUCGCAGAUUGUCUUGAUUAUCGCAGCCACUGAUGGGGAUCCCCUCAGCCCAAACAGUGCUACAGCGUCACUCACCAUCAAUGUUGUAGACGUCAAUGAUAAUUACCCAUCGUGCAACCCGGCCCUGUUGACGCCUGCAGUGCCGGAGUCAGCGGCUGUUGGUAGCAUGCUGGCCAGUUUGAAUUGCAGUGAUGCUGACAGCGGGCUGAAUGGACAACUGACCUAUACUUUUGUGUCGGGAAAUACGGCGGGUAACUUCAACGUCUCUACCGCUGGUGUAGUGAGCUUGGCAACCGCCCUCGAUUACGAGUCCACAAGACUCUACUCUUUAGUUCUCUCCGUCACCGAUUCCGGUCCGUCCACUAAGUCCACGCAGGUUUCCAUCAAGGUCACUGUUAUAGCCGUUAACGAGUUCUCCCCAGUAUUCACUAGCGGCGGUACGUACGCGGUCACUGUAUCAGAACACACCAACCUCGGCACGGAGCUCAUCCGGGUUACCGCCAAUGACGCGGAUCUGAACACGCAUGCGCAUGGGAUGAUCACUUACUCCAUCAUUUCCGGUAACACCGGAAGUCACUUCUAUGUUGCUACGGAUACCGGCGCGAUUCAUCUGAUGAAGGUAUUGGACAGGGAGACCGUAGCGUCAUAUUCGCUCGUAGUACAAGCCACGGAUGGAGAAAAUAACGUCAACGCAACCGUCGCCUUGACGAUCAGUGACGUCAAUGAUAAUGACCCUGCGUGUAGUCCUACUUCGUAUGCGGCAACCGUGAGAGAAGAUGCAGGACUGGGGACAAGUGUAGUGAGGGUUUUGUGCUUAGAUAGCGACGAAGGCAACAAUGGCUUGCUUGCAUUUAGUAUUACAGCGGGAAACACAAACACCGAUUUCACCAUCGACGCCAACGGUACCAUUUCGACCGCGCGGGCCCUCGACUACGAGACAACCACCACCUACACGCUUACCGUCAAGUCACGUGACUCAAGCAGUCCAAUCAGCUCACAGAGAUCUGUCAACGUGGAGGUCACAAUUGACGUCAUUGCAGUUAAUGAACAUGCGCCAGUAUUUACUUCAGCAAGUUACGCGCAAAGCACCGCGGAAGACACCGCGAUAGGGACGUCAAUACUGAUGGUCACGGCGACGGAUGGCGAUAAUGGACCUCAAGGUCACGUGGUCUACUCAUUGCUACCGCUAAACGCCCCUUUCUACAUCGACACAAUCAGUGGCAUUAUUCGAGUCAAGUCCUCUCUCGACCGGGAGACCACAGCUUCGUACACGCUUACCGUUUCUGCGCAUGACAAAGAUCCUGUGACCGCUGACGUUAAGACCGCUAACGUGACUGUUAGUGUGGAUGUGACGGAUGUUAAUGAUAAUGAGCCCGCGUUCUCUCCUGCGCACUACACACUGACGUUUGCUGAGAACACUACAGUGGGUACCAGUAUUACUCAGCUUCAGUGCACCGACAGCGAUCUGGGUACGAAUGCUGCGCUGUCCUACAGUAUCACAGAUGGCGACCCAAAUAGUGUGUUCACUGUGUCUUCCAGCGGUGAACUAACAACAGUGAAACAGCUCGACUACGAAACCACCCAGUCAUAUGCCAUCACUAUACAAGCACGGGACACAUCUGCUUCGCAGCUAAUGGCUGUUUCGCAUGUUGACGUAAUCGUGCAGGCUCUUAACGAGUUUGCGCCGAGUUUUAGCCAAUCAGAAUACAACGUGACGAUCUCCGAAGCCACGCCCAUUGGGACGACAGUGAUUGACAUUGAUGCAAGUGACAAUGAUAGCGGUCCUCAGGGCGAGCUGACGUAUUCUAUGCCCAGCGGCUCACCAUUUUACAUUGACAGCCUUUCCGGGGUGAUUACCCUAAAGCAGGGUCUUGAUUACGAGGCUGUGACGUCAUAUGUAUUAUUGGUCACUGCGACUGAUGGAGAUGCUAGUUCUCCCAAAUCAAGUAUGGUGAAUGUUACAGUCACUGUAAAGGACGAGAAUGAUAACGAGCCCACGUUUACUCCAGCUGUGUACAGCGUUGUUAUUCCUGAGAAUACGACAGUUGGGACGUCAAUUUUAUCGCUGACAUGCACAGACAGUGACUCCGGUACUAACGGCCAGUUCAACAUGGCGAUUAUUUCAGGAAACACCGGCACAGGAUUCGCUAUCAGCGAUGCUGGAGUCUUGACAGUCGCGACUGCUUUGGAUGUCGAAACCACAGGGGCGUACUCCCUCGUGGUAAGAGCCCGGGAUCAACACGCCUUGAGCCCGCAAGAAAGCACUGCAGCGGUGUCUGUCAUAAUAACAGACGUCAACGAACACACGCCACAGUUCACCAGUGGAGGAUCUUAUACCGCUGUAAUAGCAGAGGACGCACCUGUUGGCUCCUUCGUCACCAACGUCACGGCCAUCGAUAACGACCUCGGUCUCGUGUACGGCGUGGUUACCUAUACCAUCACCUCAGGGAACAGUGAAGACAAAUUCUAUAUUCGCCCAUCGGACGGGAGCAUCUUUGUCAAGAAAGGACUAGAUCGCGAGUCUACGCCAUCUUACUCUCUUGUUAUCACGGCUUCUGAUCAGGAUCCAGUUUCUCCUAAGUCAUCUACGGCGACUUUGAUUGUGACGAUAUCAGACGUGAAUGAUAAUGAUCCUGUUUGCGACCCUGUUGUUUAUAGCAAGUCGCUUGUCGAAAGCGUUGCUAUAGGAACAAGCGUUGCUCAGCUCGCCUGCUCGGACAGAGACCUGGCGCCUAAUGUAGUCUCUUCGUACGCCAUUUCAUCUGGUAAUACGUCUCUUUUUGGCGUGUCCGGGAGUGGCCUGGUGACGACUUUGGGCCUUUUUGAUUACGAGACCGUCAAGUCGUAUAUUUUGGUUGUCACGGUAACUGACGGAGGCCUGGUGACCCAGCGCACCACCCAAGUCGCUAUCAGUGUACAGAUAACUGGUGCAAAUGAGUACGAGCCCGCGUUCAGUCAGCCCACGUACAGCGUCACUCACCAAGAGGACACAGCAAUAGGAGUAACCAUAGCAACAGUAGCAGCAACCGACGCAGAUCACGGUAGCGAUGGCGCGAUCUCUUUCGCCAUUAUUGCCGGAAACAAAGAAGACAAAUUCCUAAUCGAUACUACAUCGGGCGUUAUCGAGCUCAAGAGACCGCUGGACAAGGAGAGCACGGGCUCUUACAUUCUUACUGUACUUGCUACGGAUCAUGGGAGUCCUAAUAAGUCGAGUAACGCAAGUGUUGGCGUGACGGUGGUAGAUGUAAAUGAUAACGCCCCAAAUUGUAGCGUGACCGCUCACGUGGUUGAGGUAGCGGAGAAUGCAAGCGUGGGAAGCACUGUGUUGGAGCUACGAUGUGAAGAUGUCGAUGAAGGAGCGAAUUCGCAGCUCACAUAUAACAUCACCACGGGCAACACGAAUUCGGACUUCACCCUUAACUCUAGUAGCGGCGUAUUAACCGUAGCGAGCCAAUUAAAUCGUGAAUCCACGGUAUAUUACGACCUCACCGUAACCAUCACCGACUCCGGGACACCUCCCCUCACCACCCUGGUGAGUAUCGGUUUGGUCAUCACCGCCGCAAACGAAUUCACUCCCACCUUUAGUAACAGCACUUACAACAUCUCUUUGAGCGAGGACGUAUCCUUAGGAACCACGGUGUUCAUUGCGCAUGCGCAAGACUAUGAUGAUGGAGAACAUGGUCACGUGACCUAUGCCAUUCUCAGUGGUAACACCGCUGACACCUUUCUGCUUGACAAGUAUUCCGGAAGUCUUCAGCUGCUUAGGUCGCUUGAUUACGAGGUCGCUUCUUCUUAUAAGUUGAUCAUCGAGGCGAGUGAUGGCGCAGAGGUGUCUGUUAGAAAGUCCAGUCGAAUCACGGUGAAUAUCGCCGUUAUUGACCUGAAUGAUAAUAAGCCAGAGUGCUCUGAAACCACUAAGCACGUGUCAUUGCUUGAGUCCGUCGUCGUGGGAACCGUCAUUUUCUCCACCAAUUGCUCCGAUUCAGAUUCCUCGGACAAUGCUCUUCUCACCUACCAAAUUCUAACCGGAAAUGCUGAGGGAAAGUUUAACGUCACUUCCGGUGGCGAGGUUACACUUGCAAGUGGACUUAGUGUGGAAAUGACGUCAUGGUACCAUCUGGUUGUUGCCGUGAGGGAUGCUGGUUCUCCGUCAAGGGCUGUCAAUGUAUCGUUGACUGUGGAGGUCUUACCUGUCAAUGAAUUUGUUCCAACUUUUGCUGCUGGGGGCGAUCUGUACUCCUUGAAUGUCUUUGAGAAUGUAACGCUAGGUACAAUCGUCUUCCAAGCACAAGUGCAAGACAACGACACGGGACUGCAUGGCACUCUUCGCUUUUCACUGGUCAGCGGUAAUGACCAGGGCUGCUUCUACCUAGAACCCAGCUCAGGCAUGCUCGUACUCGUAUCACCGCUGGAUAGGGAAACCGUGGACCACUACAGUGUAAUGGUUAAAGUGGAGGAUAGUUCGCAGAGUGACCCGGAUGUGAGGUCGUCUAAUGUGACUGUAGCUAUCACAGUUCUGGAUGUUAAUGAUAAUGACCCGGAAUGUGUACCCGCUCUUUACUCAGCGGAUAUAUCGGAAGCAACCGCUGCGGAAACCGCCAUUAUCAACGUCACGUGUUCGGACACCGACCUAGGCCCAAACAGCCAGCUAUCGUACGAAAUAAUCCGCGGUAACACUGGUAACAAGUUCCGACUUGAUAAUCACACGGUCGUGGUGGCUGGCCAACUUGACCAUGACACAACUAAGGAUUACAGCUUGGAAGUGCGCGUGAGCGAUAAUGGCGUGACGAGUCGCGUGACUGUUGUCGUGGUAACGGUUCACGUGACCGCCGAAAACGAGCAUACGCCCGUCUUCCAGUUUAUGAAUUACUCCGUGAGCAUCUCUGAAUGGGCAGCAGUGGGGAGUCCAGUUUUCGACGCGAACGCAUCAGAUGCCGACACAGGUAUCCAUGGCAACUUGGAAUACUACGUCACUUCCGGUUUAAACGGAGGCGUUGAUUUCACGAUCGACAAGAGCUCUGGCGUGGUGGCAGUUGGGUCCAGUCUCGACCGUGAGACACGCGAUCUCUACGAACUAAAUAUCACAGUCAGAGACCGUGGGAACACGGAGCAGGAGCGACGAGCAGCGGUGAUGCAGCUGACGAUAGAAGUGACUGAUGAAAACGACAACCCGCCCGUCUUCACGCAAGAAAUCUACACGACCACGAUACCUGAAAACAUCACCAGCGGCGCGUCGGUGGCUAGGGUUACCACCACAGAUAGAGACAUAGGAAUUAACGCGAACCACACGUACAGCAUAACAGGUGGCGAUGGACUGGGUAAAUUCUCCAUAGUCCAGUCUACCGGUGUAAUAACAGCUCUUCCCGGACUGGACUACGAGACUAAAUAUACCUAUUACCUGUCAAUCACCGCGCGGGAUCGAGGCUCGCCCCAGCUCUACGCGGUCGCAGGAGUCCGCAUUUUCCUAUCAGACACAAAUGAUAACAAACCCGUCUUCAGCCCUACUCUGUACCUUACGAGUAUAUCCGAGGCUACUUCCGCCGGAACAGACGUCAUACCGGUACACGCGACUGAUGUUGACACAGGAAUCAACGCGGAGAUCACUUAUUCGAUUGUCGGAGGCGAUGCGAAGAACCAGUUUAGCGUCAACUCUACCGGAAUGAUUCGCACGAUUGCUACUCUAGAUCGGGAAGAUAUCGCGUCAUAUACCCUCUUGGUCCAAGCUUCAGACCGAGGGGUACCCCCUCAGACUGAGACUGUUCACGUGACUGUGACAAUAUUGGAUGUGAACGACAACGCGGCGGUGUUCAGCCAAUCAGCAUUCAGCGCGAGAGUGUUGGAGGAUGCGCCGGUUGGGUUCAGGUUCAUGAACAUCUCAGCAAGUGAUGCGGAUAGUGGCGACAACGCUCGCCUUACUUACUCGAUACAGAGCGGGAAUACAGACAACGUGGUAGCCAUCGAAUCUGCUACUGGAGCAUUAUAUAGCGUUGGUGCAUUCGAUCGAGAGAGAACAGCCACCUACACCCUGACAAUUCGAGCAAUCGAUGCUGGCAAUCCCCCCCUCUUCUCCACCAUCACCGCGCACAUCGUCAUCAUCGACCGCAACGACAACACCCCAACUUUCCUAGAUGCCGACUACAACUUCGUAGUCACGGAAAACCAGCCAGGUGGCCUAUCUAUCGGACACGUCCGUGCCAUUGACAUAGACAACGGCACGCACGCGCAGUUAGUAUACACCAUCGAGCCGAGUCCAAACAGUAACCAUUUCACAAUGAAUCCUAUCACUGGGGGUCUGUUCACUGCAAUGGCAUUAGACCGUGAGAAUGUACCGUACUACCGGCUCACGGUCCGAGUUACGGACUCGGCUGCGUACCCCAGUCAACUCUUCAAUACCACUACUGUCCACAUUACGGUACUAGACCUGAAUGAUAACCCCCCGGCGUUCGACAAAGCUGUAUUCAACGCAUCCAUAGCCGAGAACUCGGAAUCCGGGGCUUCGGUUACCAGGGUAACGGCGAGUGACAGAGACCGGGACGCGAAUGCGAGGCUGACUUACUCCCUGACGUAUAAUGCAAGCUCGCCAGAGUAUUUCCGGCUGGAUGAAGCAACGGGAGAGGUGUUCCUGAAAAGUGGGGUGGACUACGAGAACGUUAAAAUUAUUGAGGUGACGGUGACCGCUAAGGAUGAUGGGUUUCCGUCGUUGAGUGGCUCAACGACGCUUCGGGUUCACGUGAUUGACCUUAAUGACAACGCGCCUGUUUUUAGUGCAACAUUUUAUGAGACGGAGAUACGUAGCGACCACAACCUGGGCCCUCCAGCCAUCAUAACGCUGACGGCUAUCGACAGAGACAGCGGGCCCAACAGCGCGGUUACAUACGAGCUGGAAAAAACUCAGGAAAAGUUCAAGUUGGACACUAACUCGGGAGAGAUCGUGCUCAAGGCUUCUCCUGGAGCUGGUCAAAUCUACAGCUUCCGCGCCCGCGCCAAGGACAGCGGCAGUCCUCAGCUGAGCAGCAGUUACGUGAACGUCCGUGUGGAUACAAUAGAUGCCGAGCAGACCAUGGUGGACAUUGAGCUCGACAUCACACAGGAGGAGUUUGACGCAAACAGGGAAUACUUUAUCAAGAAGCUGUCAGAGUUGCUUGGUGCUGAGGUAAAGAUUGCAAAAGUACAAUCAAACGACGAAGUGAGCAAACGAAAGCGAAGAGAAGUCAUGUCCACAGGAAAUCUGGGCGAGAGUGAGUCGGAUAGAGACAGGCGCGUGCGUCGAGAGGUAGCAACAACAGCUGCGCCGACACAAGCUGCUAAGACCAAGAGAGGUAUAAAAGUGACGAUUUACGCUGUUUCGAAUCCAACAACCAACUCGGCGGAUCUACAGACGCGAGUAUCCCAGGCCAAGAGGUACCUGACUAAAGACACGAUAAUGAAGGCUCUGCUAGACGAGAAUGGUAACCUGAAACCAGAGAUCACAAGCAACAGUACCGGACUCAACAUCUUCAAGAUCAAGACCGUGACUGAGACAAAGCCGACUGUCCCGCCCACCGCCGCCUUUAUGAGUACGACAGAGGGUUACUUAACGGUGGGCGCCGCGGCUCUAUUACUCGUGAUCAUUAUCGCUGCGGUGUUACUAUGGCGACGUAAAACCAGGCGCAGGGAGUUACGAGAGCAGCUGCGCGAGCCACGAAUUCGUCCGAGGAAAGGCGUGGUCGAUAGCGACUUUCAGAUCUAUAAACCUCGAGUAGACCACACCAAAGUUAUGAACCUGCCCCCAUCUGGAACAGUUAUUAAAGUUGGUCAGGAAAGCAAACGAUUUGACGGGAAAGCUGUGGAUCCGGUUUCAGGCCGGGCAUACGCGUUCAACAAGGUGACUGGGGAGAGAAUGUGGCUCGAAGAUCGUGCUGGAGUACGGGCUGUGUACUCCCAAUCAAGACACCACAGGCCUCCCAAACAGCAAAGCCUUGCCCAGUCGAACUCUAACUUCAGCAUGGAGCCUGUGUUCGAGCGCCAUCACAAGAAGCCUGGGAACUACGAUCAUAUGCAGCUGCCAGGAACACCCGAAUAGAAAUGUACACGAAAAUAUGUAAAAAAAUAUUGUGUAAAGAGACGCUGUGGAAAUAUAAAUGGAAUAGACAUGUGGAAUAGAAAUGUAAACGAAAAUAUGUAAACAAAUAUUGUGUAAAGAGACGCUGUGGAAAAAGCAUUAUAUAAAACAUAACACUAUUUACUAGGUAGUUAGUGUAAAUAGAAGAAAACUGUAAAGAAUUUUUUUAAAAUAUAUUUGGUUUUACCUAUGCCUAAAAACCCCUUGAAACGUGCUAAAUAUUAAAUUUAAAAAACACAAGCAAAUCUGGUGUGUUCAUAGGAAAUAAAAAUAAAAAUGUUGUAAAUAUAUUUUAAUUAAGAAUGAAGAGUUUAAAUAGUGUGAAUAAAGAGAUAUUUAUUAGUGUCA